AUGGGGAUUCAAUGCUCGAGAUUUUUCCCGUGUUGUGUGAAUUCGCAAGUUAAAGCAUCUGUUCUUGAAACUCCGGAUGCUGAAAAUGAUGAUGGUGAGGUUAGUAACUGGCCUAUAUUCCGUGAAUUUACACUUGAGCAACUUAAGAACGCGACGUCUGGUUUUGCUGUCGAGAAUAUUGUAUCUGAGCAUGGAGAGAAGGCUCCUAAUGUUGUCUAUAAAGGGAAGCUGGAGAAUCAAAUGAGAAUUGCUGUUAAACGGUUUAAUAGAAGCGCUUGGCCUGAUACACGACAGUUUGUGGAGGAAGCAAGAGCAGUUGGUCAGCUUCGUAACCAAAGAUUGGCAAACUUGCUUGGAUGUUGUUGUGAAGGAGAUGAUAGGUUGCUUGUCGCCGAAUAUAUGCCAAAUGAAACACUUGCAAAGCACCUUUUUCAUUGGGAAUCACAACCUAUGAAAUGGGCGAUGCGACUAAGGGUUGUUCUACAUCUUGCACAAGCUCUAGAGUACUGCACAAGCAAAGGACGUGCUCUCUAUCACGACCUCAACGCGUAUAGAGUUCUCUUUGACGAGGACGGUAAUCCUAGGCUAUCUACUUUUGGACUUAUGAAAAAUAGCAGGGACGGGAAGAGUUAUAGCACCAAUUUGGCAUUUACUCCUCCAGAGUAUCUCAGAACUGGGAGAGUAACACCCGAAAGUGUAAUAUACAGCUUUGGCACUCUUUUGCUUGACCUUCUUAGCGGAAAGCAUAUCCCCCCGAGUCAUGCCCUCGACUUGAUUCGGGACAGAAAUCUUCAGAUGCUGACAGAUUCUUGUCUGGAAGGACAAUUUUCUGAUAACGAUGGAACUGAGCUUGUACGCUUGGCAUCUCGAUGUUUGCAAUAUGAACCUAGAGAAAGGCCUAAUCCAAAAUCAUUGGUGUCUGCUUUGGCUUCUCUUCAGAAAGAAACUGAGGUUCCUUCACAUGUGUUGAUGGGUAUACCACAUAGCACCAGCUUUGCUUCAUUAUCUCCACUUGGCGAGGCAUGUUCGAGAAAGGACUUGACCGCCAUACACGAAGUUCUGGAUAAUCUUGGUUAUAAAGAUGAUGAAGGAGUGGCGAAUGAGUUAUCAUUCCAGAUGUGGACUGAUCAAAUGCAGGACACGUUGAAUUGCAAGAAAAAGGGCGACGCCGCUUUCCGACAGAAAGAAUUUAGAGAAGCGAUCGAGUGCUACACACAGUUCAUCGAUGCUGGAACGAUGGUUUCUCCAACAGUCUAUGCACGACGCAGUUUGUGUUAUCUUAUAAGCGACAUGGCUCAGGAAGCGCUGAACGACGCAAUGCAAGCGCAGGUUGUUUCACCGGUAUGGCACAUUGCAUCUUAUCUUCAAUCAGUUUCACUUGCAACAGUUGGAAUGGAGAAUGAAGCACAAGCAGCACUUAAAGAAGGAACAACACUUGAGUCGAAGCGGAAUGCAACUUCGAAACAAAAGUGA